CAUAUCAAAUCUAGCUUGUGUGUCAUAUGAACGCAAGAAAUAGUAUAUUAUAUAGAGGCACUAUUCAUCAACUGGUGAUAUGUUCAAUUUGUGACAGGAUCAGAUAAUUGUAUAUAUUUUCAGAGUUUUAUUAGUUUAGAUUUUUACUGAAUUAAAUGUUCAGUCAAGUAUGUUUUAAACAUUAUAUACUUCACACUUCAGCUCUCCUAAUUCUCUGUUUCAGCUUACUGCAUGAGUACUUUGCUACAGCCUCAAUCACCUAGUGCACCAUCACACAACAGCCUGCCCAGGCGCGCCCCUCAAAGACCCUUUGUGUUUAACGUUCUAGCUUACUGUCUCCAGUUUAAAGGGUUAAGUUUUUACUACAGUAUAGAUCACAUUUGAUGUUACUGUCAAACGCACGUAUCGCGUAUAUUGGAUAUUUUGGCAUUCACAAUUUGGACUAAUUGUGGUGUUUGAUUUGUGGACUUUGGAAUUCACAUCUAAAGGUUGGUCUUUUGAUGAUAUUUUAUUGUUUGUACGUAUUCCUAGGAUUUGUAGGUAUAUUGUGUUUAUGCUGUUGAUAAUUUGGCUGUUUUUUGUCAUGUUGUAAAUAUUAGCCAGAUCAUAGUAAUUAGUUGUAUUUCUGUAUGCAUUACAAGUGUUAUUAUUUACGUAAGGUAAAUAAUUCAGUAAGCGCUAAAUUUAGGCCUAAAAUAUUAUUUAACUAAAUCUUCAAUCACUGUGAAGCUGAUGUAUGAAAGUAUGAAGUAUGAAAGUAAGAAUGUGAAACAUAUGUGUUGCUAGGUUACAUAUUGGUAUAAAUGAAUGUGUAAUGUAUGAAUGUAUAAUGUAUGAAUGAAUCAGGGUUUUACUAUUAUAUUUUAGAAAUGUUUUAAGUUACUCUGCAAUAACACUAUGUAUCUGUUUGUAGUAAUAUUGCUGCUAUCAGAUUGGUCUGCACAGUGGGUAUAUAUCAUUUAUUUGUGGUGCCGAUGUAGCUGUAUUACUCGAGCAGAGGUCUGUGUCUGGACUGAUGAACCCAGGUCCACACACUUGUUUUAUCCAAAUGACGCAUAAAAACGUGGACGUGGACUACGAGCAAUAGCAGCUGCGGCUAAUUGUGGUCAAUUGAGGGGAAGUCGAUACGGGGUCAACUCGCCAAACAUUCUACACGGACAAACAUGGACAAGCUUGGUGUCAUUGGUGUUACAUUGGUGGCAGCGAAUGUCAUCCUGCUUGUAGCACUGACCGGUGUAGUAAUGCACAGACACACAGACAGACAACGGUCACGUGACUUUAUCCCUGUAUCCCCAUAUAGUCUUAACACAUCGGAGUUCAUUGAUUCAACUGUGACCAGUUCUACAGAAGAAACAAGCACAGUUGAAAACCUCUACCUGAGUGUUGCACACAUUUACAACACAACAGGUAACCAGGGCAAAGCUGCUGCACAUGUCUUCAUUAACAGUUCGUCAAGCUACACAGGUGAUGAUGAGUCGACCCUCACCUGGAGACAGGACAUGGAUGCAGCCUUCGUCAGUGACAAGAUAUCCUACAAAGACGGCGGUCUGACUGUGAAGGAGGGAGGCUACUACUACAUCUACAGUCAGAUCGUGUACAGUGGCAGCGGAACCCAGGAGUUAGACUAUGGGCGGAUCAUUCACGCAGUGGUGAAACAGAAGGCGUCAGAGCUGGAGGAAGCACCAACACCCCUGAUGAGGAACCUACAGUCCACCCCCAGCAUCAGACGGGGACGUCCCGCCUACACCACCAGCAGCCUCGGGGCCACCUUCUACCUGGAGGCCCACACCAGGGUCAAGGUCAUGUCCAGUGUUCCCGGGAACAUCAUCUACUCCCCUUGUUCGAGUUAUUUCGGACUUUAUCUGGUUUAGCGGGUCUCUGGCAUGGAACCUCCACGUGGUGGACCUGGAUAGGUGGGGAAACUCUCACCGAACUAGUACCUGCCAUCACCUGAUUGUCACCGUAUGUUCUUUAGUAUGGUAGAAUUUAGACAAAGUAUAUUCUUCACGAUUGAACUGCUAUCAAGUCUCCAGUGUUCUUUCUGUUCCAUGAGACACCAGGGCAUAGCAGUCAGUGAGCUCUUCAUUAGCCAGGUGCACCACCGGGGCUCUUCACUCAUAGAUAACAUCUUACACAUUGACUGCAUUUGAAUGUUUGUAAUCCGUCGUUUCAUCGAUUGAGUACAAAGCUAAUUCAGAGGUCUUAGCGAAUUCUGAAAAACGGAAAUGACGGACCGCCAGCUGUGGUCUUUCCUCGAGAAUUGUGAACAACUAACGUCAUGCAUGUAUCUUGGAUAUCAACCCUACGCUGUUUGCAAUGAUCCGUGCUUUGUACAUCCAAAAAUAGUUCUUAGUCAUUUGAAUGAUGUGGCAAUCCGUCAAAUGUAUGGUUUUGUUCGUGUUGAGUCCCGUACAGUUCUGUCAACAUCGGAAGGCAGUGUACGUAGCCCAGGAAACAAAUCACAACGGUUGUUGCUACUGGCUGCCUUGCAUGACGGAAUUUAGUGACAACAAGGGAUAAGUACACAUUGUUACACGCAGAAAUGGUUUGACGUCGUCUGUGAAUAUACUUCUAGUGAGUGAGUGAGUUGGGUUUAACGCCUCUUUUAACAGUAUUCCAGUUAUAUCGCGGCGUGUCAGCUUAAUGUGGGAGGAAAGCCCGAAGUGAUGCAGGUCUCAGACGUUUACCACUUCGGUGAAACCCACGAGCACGGGUUUUAAUAUAGUUCCAAAUGAAAUACAAACAGUGGGAUAGUGUAGCAAAGCCUUGAUAGGCGAACCAUUCACGCUUGAGGCUCGUGUGCCUGACUUUCGUUUCAUUGUGUAAACAAUACUGCCAGGCACAGGCACAGGCACAUGCACAGGCACAGCCACAGGCACAGGCACAGCCACAGGCACAGGCAUGUAUUUCCCACUGCCUGUCGGUUGUGCCUAAGAAUAUAUGACUACCGUGUACCCCUUAAUGAAGAAAUUAUAUUCCGUUCGAAUCUUCUGAUCUAAAAGUCUAAGGGUCCUGAACAUUUCCUAGAAUGUUUAGAAUAGCGGAAGAAACACACCAUGAAGUGUCCAUAGCAACUGAAAGUUGAAUUUCAUUCUUAAUCAUACCAGUAAUUUCGAGCACAUGUAUGUUUCAGCAUAAACAGGGGUCAGACAUCAAACACACUGUAGGCCACAGGGAAAUAUUUAUUUCAAAUUCCUUACCUAUCGCGCUGGUUUAGACAGGAUUAUGUAUAUCUGGAGCUGAUGGACUGGUUUACAAAACAGCGCCAUACCCAUGACAUAUCCAAUCACAGCGCCAUACCCAUGAUAUAUCCAAUCACAGCGCGCAUACUCAGGACAAUCUAGAAUUUUGGAAGAAUCCCGCCAACUUCCCUAAUGAGUGAUACAGUUUAUAUACAGAACCAGGAAGGGCUGCCCAAUAAGCAGUUGUUACUUCCGUACCUGACUGUAGUGCGUUAUCGCGUGUGAUAAGCUAUCAGCAAAUGCCUAUAAAAAGUAUAUCACCAUAGUGAGACAGACGUUUGUGAGAGUCCGCGAGACGCACAGCUCCCACGUGAUCCGCGCGCCGUCUGGCGCAGCGAUCCGUCGUUUACUUACUGCGCAGUUUAUAAUACACUAUAGAACUUCGUCAGAGCUAUAACGGGGAUGAUUGUUUAAAAGUGUAAUCUGUCACGAGAAAACAGAGUUAUUGUGCAAAUCGACAGCAAACAAUCGUUUGGAAGUACUCGCAAUGGGGAUACAUCACUACCUAAAUUCUCGUGUUAACUUCACAUUAAUUCCUUUAUUUAUUAGUUUCGUGUACCCUCUUAAUAUUUCGCAUCUACUGUUUCACACUUAAAGCACCACUCCAUGCCCAAAUGUAGUGGCAUUUGACGAAAAGUAUUACAAGGAAGAUUUUAUUUUACAUCUCUUAUUCAAAUCAUAACCUGCGUUGUACAUACAUACAGCCUGUAUUUCCACACUGUGUAUAUGGGUCUGUCGUUUGCUGGCCAACAUCAUGUUUUUUUGUAUUAAACAUCGCCACCUC